GGUCAACAACCACUUGACACGCAGUCAACUUGCAACGUCCCGAUGGAGCGCAGCACGAGCUUGGCGCGCAGCUAUCCGCAGGAGUUUCGACUCGUGAACGCCGACUUUGCCGGCUACGCAUACCGCCUCAGCAAGAAGUGGAAGCGCCGCUUCUUCGUGCUCGAAGGCCGCCGGCUUUCGUACUUUGGCAGCGAGGACGACGCGAACGACAGCGGGCGAGCGCCCAAGGGCACGAUCACGGUCUGCGCCGCGUACCACUGGAGCGACGUCAACAACGGCCUCAUUCUCGUCUCGUCGUCCGGCGAUCUCUGGAAGUGCUACGUCGAAAUGACCAACGCCGGCGAGAUGAUUUUGCCGGCGCUAACGCGCGUGGCCGAGCACUGCCGGGCGGUCGCCGACGGCCGCGCCACGAGCGGCGAUGUGCCGCCGGCCGCCGAGGUGACGGCGAUCCGCCAAUUUUGCAAUGCGCGCGCCACCGCCGAGUUCAAGCUCAAGCACUUUUGCGUGCCGCUGCGGUCGGACGCCAAGGUCACGCGGGGUUGGGUCGAGAAGCGCGGCGCGGUCAUGCGCACUUGGAAGCGCCGGUACUUUGUGCUGCGCGAGAACGUCCUCGCGUAUUAUGAUAUUAACCUCGAAGGCCAGCCCAAGAAGGGCGGCGACUUUGUCCAGAGCAUCGAGACAAGCACCAUCAAGCCCAACGGCCUCGAGUUCAAGAUGGUGAGCGGCCGCAGCCUCCUUGGCUUUACCGAGACGACCGACGACCAUGUGCAAUGGCUCCUCGCCGCCAAUACGCUGCACCACGAGCCGUAA